CGCUUCCGAUGUUCCCUCACGUGAUGGCAUGAACUCCGGCGGGUCUGAAACUGAAACCGGACAUCGCGUGCAGGGGUUAGCGUUCCCUGAACAAGCAACGCGAGAUUACGCACAUCACCCCCCUUUAGAAACCCACCACAAGUUUAUACCCACUUGCGCGCACCUUCCUGUGCGUGCCGCCUUGGACCCUAACCGCCGCCUACCCACCGUACAACUCCCUGAUUGCAGCAGCCAGCUGACUAGCCUUCGCCUGGAUCGCGAGAUGGGCAUCAUUACUGAAGCCAUCCACAGGCAGGCUCCCCACACCCUGCCUCUGGAAAUACCGAGCCCGACGUGGAGCGAAGCUGAAAAUGACCUCGAACAACACCUUUCCUUUUCCGCGGCGGACGACGAUCCAUUCAAAUGGGACGACAUAGUGAACCUGGACGACAUCGCUCCGCUGGACGACAUCAUACCCGUCGAAGACAUGCGGAUAUCCCGGGAUGUGCCGUUGAGCCCGCAGGGACUUGGUCGUAAGGACUCAAUCACAUAUUCAAUGGCAUUCUAUUCCCCACCGAAACCGGAGAGAGACACAACUGAUUCCGACGGCUUCCGCCUAUCCAACGUUCCUUACAACCACAUUGCUUCUCAGAUGAAGAGACGCAAUAAGUCCAGGAAUCUCAAUAUCGCCAUUAUCGAGGAAAAGGACAAACGCAUGACCACCGACGAUUUCAUCCUGUCUCCUCUCCCAAUCCCAUUCGACGAAUGGAAAGUCAACCACGCCAUCACCCCGGAAGUCGCGGAAGGCGUGGUCCUUCAGAUCCUCAAAAGUCUUGAUAAUCUCGAUGACCUGUUUGCGUGUGCUGUUAUCAACCGUGGUUUCUACCGCGUCUUCAAACGCAACGAGCUUGAGCUGAUGAAGCUCGCUCUGCGCAAGAUGUCGCCGCCUGCUUGGGAACAUCGUGAAAUCUGCUACCCUGGACAUGAUGAACCCGAAGAAGAGGAACUGGACCUACCUCGCCAAGAGUACACGGCCGAAUCCUAUCUUCGAGCCUUCACGCGGGACAUGUACAUCAUUUCUGCUACGAAGUCACUGAUCAAGGACAAAUGUCAGUCCUUCCUCCGCCCCGAGAUAUCCGCUGCGAUCGAUAGCGAAGACCCCGUAGAAUCUGCUCGUGUCGAUGACGCAUUGUGGCGAAUUUGGACCUUCUGCAAACUCUUUGGAUCACGGAAAGGCAGAGAAGACGAUGUUACUUCACAAAUGGACUGGUUGCAGGGUGGUAAAUUGGUCCACCAACAGACUUGCAGUUCGAGUGCACCCAUGUGGGACGAAAUGAACGAGACGCUUGCAAGUGCACCGGAAUGCUUCGCUAUGGGCAAUGAAGGCGGCUUAAAAGCUGAGCAGUUGUUCGAUAUGAUGGAACUCUGGAAUUGCUUGGGGGUGCUACUGCAAAAGAUUGAAGGACGCACCAUACAAGCAAGAGAGUACGGCAUCUUCGACCGGACCGACAUUCGGGGCGGGGACAUUGAUGGCGAAGAAAUGAUGCUUGAUGAAUGGUAUUACUUUCUUCUUGCACAAGGUCUCUUCACUGUUCUCGAACUCGCUGGCCCCUGCCAACAGACCGCCGAUUCCUCUGUCUUCAACGUCGCUUCUCGCCACGGGCUUCUCAACUGGACACCGCCGGCUCCUGGAGGUACCCGGCGCAAUUUCCUAAAAGAGGCCGCUUCGCGUGUCUACGAAGAUGAGAUUGCUCACGUUUACGCCGAAAGCUCCACCAAGGAGGUGAACCGUGUCCUCUCCAAGCAACGCAUUCAACGCCAUAUCAACGAAAUCCGGUCGCGCAGGAUCAGCGAUGAGCCUGUAGCUGAAAUCCGAGUCAGCUUAGAUGGAUCCAACAACAGCGAAUGGGACGACGCCGAUGUCAGCCUGAGCCGCCCCCGCUCACACCAUCGAAAAUCGGUAAACAACCUCGUCACUCACAUCCCCUCUCUUUCCUCCGUGCGUCAAAUCAGCGCCACAUCAAACCUGGCACAAGAAAUUGCCGUCGGCCUAUCUCGUACCCCAUCGCCGCAUUCCCCAUCGCGACGUGUGGUGGCCAUGCCUCUUCUCCCUUCUCCACCACCCUCUACCGUUCCCAGCAAUAGGGAUAGUAUGCCGAUGCCAUCCUUGCACGAUCAUCCGGCAUUCCGCCGGUCCGAUACAUCCCACAGCUUGCCUCCUGUGAAUGAGUAUCAUCAUCCCGCAUACGCUCAUGAGCGCCGACCAAGCUUCAGCUCAUCCGUGGGAUCUAGUGGAGCUGGAAGUUCCGAAUCUCGCGCCGCAUUCCAGCAACACCCUCUUCAGCGCUCCAUGCACGAAACCGACGGCGCAGACAAUACAGUUGCUCGUGCUGUCCACCGCAUCGUUGAGAUGGGCUUCACCCCGGAGCAAGCGCGACAAGCCCUUCGUAUGACCGAUCUAGGUGAUGGACUGAGAGUGGACCGCGCCGUGGAGCUUCUCAUUCGUGACAUGUCCGCUUAA